CAGCUUUAUAAGACACUGUUCCUUUGUUAGGAAGAGAGAGCUUCUUUGAUGUCCUGUGUUGCUCAGGGAGAGCGGCUUGGUUUUUCAAAGCGGAAACUUUGUUUGGAAAGGUUACGUGACGCGCGCACACAUGGCAACCACACUGCAUUUUAUCGGUGGUGGAGGAGGCACUUACUUUGAGUUCCAUGGCAUGGACAACGGUGCCACCAUCAAGAAGAUCGGAGUGGCGGUGGGAGGCUCUCAGGUGAAAGCUGUGCGGGUGGAGCUGACCGACGGGAAAGGAGCGACUUUUGGAGAUGCGGACACUUUCAAUGAGUUUGAGUUCAACCUCGCCGAGCGCAUCACCAAGCUGUCUCUGUGGGGUAAUGGUGCUGGCACACGUCUGGGUGCCAUCAAAUUCGUGACGAGUCAGAACCGGGAGUUCUUUGAAAAAAUGACCAGCUGGCCACUGAAGACUGAGUACACCAUAGAUGUGGGGUCCGGAAUCUGCCUGGGGCUGCAGGGCAGGUCUGGCUCAGACAUCGACUGCAUGGGCUUCCUCUUCAUCAACACCAUCAAGUCGUCCGUAAUGACUGACAUGGAGUAUCCCACCCUGUCCCUCUAUAAACCCCAGGUGACCCAAGAAUAUGUGACAUCUGUGUCUCACCAGAACGACACCUCCUUGGUUGUAGAAAAGUCCAUUACAUACAUCAAGACGCUGACCAAGACUUCCUCCUGGUCCGUCAGCAACAAGAUAGAAUCCACCUUGAAUGUAUCGGUCAAAGCAGGGAUCCCGGAUCUGGUCGAGGUGUCAUCAGGGUUCAGCUUGACCGUGGGAGUGGAGCAAUCCACCAGCCUGCAGAAGACAGAGACCAUAACAGAAUCAGGUACCAUCAACGUGAAGAUCCCACCAGGGAAGAUCAUGGAUGUUGAGAUCACAAUGUGGAAAGCAAAUAUCGACCUCGACUACAGGGCCAAAGUGAAAGUCACCUGCAUGAAUGGCAGUCAGCUGGUCUUCCCAUCCAAAGGCAUCUACACUGGUGUGGCUUACACUUCAUUGAGGUUGUCCAGAAAGGAGAGAUGAGACAAGUGUGACUUUAUGAAUAAAAAGUGCAGUGAUAGAAAUUGACACCAUGACUGAUUCUUUGUGCCUUUUCUGUUAUCAUCUUUGAGUGCUUCUAAUUGGACCCAGUUUUCUUUAUCAGCAGAGGGUAUAACAAUAGGUG